CCCCUACAUCUGAGGUAGUCAGGACAGCGGUUACCGUGAGCCAGUACAAUUUACAAAUUUACUUUACAAUUUGGCAUUUCCCAUCAAGGGUCGCCGCCCCUCUUUGGUAUAUACAAAUAGCUGCCGCUCCUAUUUUUCCUCGGCUCAAUUUAUCACUUCUCCCUUUCCCUUCUUCUCUCAGCCACCAUGGUCAGUGGUCUCGAUCGCCUCAACGCAAGGGUCGCGGACUCUUGUAUUGGCAGAUGGUUCAAACUGGAAGGCUCUGGACACCCUCGAGAACGUAUAGGUUCCAGGUUCACCACUGAAAUACGAGCGGGACUCACAACUUGGGCUGCCAUGGCAUACAUCAUUGCAGUCAACGCAACUAUCAUCUCGGACUCAGGAGGUCCCUGUGUCUGUCCCACCGGCGACGGCUGUAUUACCGACAGUGCCUACAACCAGUGUAUAAAUGAGGUCCGAAACGAGUUGAUCAUCUCCACCGCUGCCAUGUCCGCCAUGUCUUCGUUCCUUAUGGGUGCUGUCGCCAACUUGCCUAUCGGAAUGGCCCCCGGUCUUGGCUUAAAUGCCUACUUGGCAUAUUCUAUCGUUGGUUUCCAUGGCUCCGGAGGUAUUGCGACCUACGGUGAAGCUUUAGCUGCCGUGUUCCUCGAAGGAUGGAUCUUCCUUUUCCUAUCGAUCAUCGGUUUACGGCAGUGGCUUGUUCGCAUGAUGCCUCCAUCUCUCGUUCUCGCUGUCGGCGGUGGUAUUGGUCUCUUCAUUGCAUUCAUUGGAUUGUCCCCGAAUGGACUAAACGUAAUUGGUGGCGACACUACCAACUUCGUUGGAUUAGGCGGAUGCAACGAUGGGGACUUUCUCCCAAAUCUUCCUCACUACUGUGCUCACAAAAUUCUACAAAACCCGCGAGUAUGGCUUGGUAUUUUCCUCGGAGGGAUCCUCACCAUCAUUCUCAUGCUCUACCGAGUGAGAGGCGCACUACUUAUUGGGAUAUUCCUAGUCUCCAUCGUUUCAUGGCCAAGACCUACACCUGUUACAUUUUUCCCGCACAACGAAAGCGGUGACGCUCUCUUUGAUUAUUUCAAAAAGGUCGUUACCUUCACACCGUUGAGAAAAAUUGCCAAUGCGAUCGAUUAUACUGCGUACAGCAACGGCCGAGUGUGGUACGCCUUGGUCACCCUCCUAUAUGUCGAUAUCUUGGACACUACCGGUACCCUAUACUCCAUGGCCAAGUUCGCUGGACUCAGGGACCCCGUCACUCUCGAUUUUGAAGGCUCGACUCUUGCCUAUUGCAUUGACGCUUUCAGCAUCAGCAUGGGAGCCCUUCUGGGUGUUAGCCCUGUUACCGCCUUUAUUGAGAGUGCUACGGGUAUUAGCGAGGGCGGUAAGACUGGAAUUACCGCUAUCGUCACGAGCAUUGCGUUCUUCAUCUCCAUGUUCUUCUCCCCUAUCUUUGCUUCCAUCCCACCAUGGGCGACGGGAGGUGCGUUAGUCAUUGUUGGAUCGUUGAUGAUUCGCAAUGUACGUGAAAUCAACUGGGAUUACAUUGGUGAUGCUGUUCCUGCGUUCAUCACGUUGUUAAUUAUUCCAUUGUCGUACAACAUUGCAUACGGUGUCAUCGCCGGAAUUAUAUCAUACAUGGUCAUUAACGGUAUUCCAUGGCUCAUUAUGAAGAUCACCCGGGAUCGUAUUGUUCCUCCCACUUACGAAGCAUCAGAAGAGUGGGCAGUACCCCCCGGUGGUCUCAUCCCUUCUUGGAUAAAUGUACUUUUCAACCGUGGGCAUCGCGAACAAGAUAUGCAGCUCCAAGAUCGCAAUGGCGCAUUUCAGGGAUCAGGAUCGGACGGUGACGCCGCUUUUGAAGAGUCGGAUGUUCAUAGCAAGACUGGCAGUAUAGUCGAAAAGCCACGGGCACUGUAGGAAUCGAAGAAUAUUUAAAUGCCUGGGCGAAACUUGGUGCAGUACGACGUGCGGCCCUCCCCUCUCCUUCCAAAACCUCCGAUACCAUUGUCAUCUAUCCUUUCGUGCUGUACUGUAGAUCUAUUGGGGGCAUCUUGUUGUUGUUGCUGUUGUUGUUGUUGUUGUUGAUUUACGGGCAAAAUCUCAAUGUUAACAGGUUUAUUAUCUUCGGUCGUUCUUUUUUUUUUUGGUAGUUCUGAAGUAUUUUAUCUCUAAGUAUGUAGCUGUCAUUUCAAUUCCUUUUUUUUUUCUGUGUCUGGUCGUUCCAUGGAACUCGAUCGCAACUGUCGUUACGUUAUGAAUCAUUCUCCACCUUCGAUGCAUCGCUGUCAUCUCAGCUUGAUUUCCCACUGGUAUCAUAUAGGUAUCAUA